GCGACGCCGAGCGGAGUGGCCUUCCGCGCAAGGGAAGAGUCCCGCAGUCGGAGGCGGCCGGCUGGGCGUGCGCUCGCUGCCCGCAGCCAGGGCUGGGCCGGAGGCGGGCGAGGGCCGGGACCCGGGCCGGGCCGGACCUAACGGGCAAGGGGCAGCGGCUGGAGCCGGGUAGCCAGGCCGCACCGAGCAGGGGACCGCGGGCGCGAGGUCUGCGGGCUCCGGAGCCCCGAUGUGAGGCGGCGGCGCCCCCGGCCGGAGCGCGCACCAUGGGGGCCCCGCUCGCCGUGGCGCUGGGCGCCCUCCACUACCUGGCACUUUUCCUGCAACUCGGCGACGCUACACGGCCCGCCGGCCACGCGCCCUGGGACAACCAUGUCUCCGGCCACGCCCUGUUCACAGAGACGCCCCACGACAUGACUGCGCGGACGGGCGAGGACGUGGAGAUGGCCUGCUCCUUCCGCGGCAGCGGCUCCCCCUCCUACUCGCUGGAGAUCCAGUGGUGGUACGUGCGGAGCCACCGGGACUGGGCCGACAAGCAGGCGUGGGCCUCCAACCAGCUAAAAGCAUCUCAGCAGGAAGACGCAGGGAAGGACGCCACCAAAAUAAGCGUGGUCAAGGUGGUGGGCAGCAACAUCUCCCACAAGCUCAGGCUGUCGCGGGUGAAGCCCACGGACGAAGGCACCUAUGAGUGUCGUGUCAUCGACUUCAGCGACGGCAAGGCCCGGCACCACAAGGUCAAGGCGUACCUGCGGGUGCAGCCGGGCGAGAACUCCGUCCUGCACCUGCCCGAGGCGCCUCCGGCCGCCCCCGCCCCGCCCCCGCCCAAGCCGGGCAAGGAGCUGCGCAAGCGCUCGGUGGACCCGGAGGCCUGCAGCCUGUAGCUGCGCUGCGGGAGCUCGAGCCGCACCGAGGACGGACUGCUUGCGGCCGCCGCCUCCUCCGGGCUGCCUGUGGCUGCCGUCACGCCGGCCCUCUGCCCACCACCCCCGCUCAGCAUGCAAGCCCACCCGCCCAUCCCCCCUUCAGCCCCUCGCGGUGACCCGGCUCGGAGAAGGUGGCCCUGGGCUCCAAGGGACGACUGCCCUGCCCCGAUGUUGGGGCGGGGACCAUGCCGGGGGCCUGGGCUGCCCGGUUUCUGCCACCAGCUUCUGUGGAGUCCCUUGUUUUGCUUUGCUUGCUUGUCCCCAUCCUGUCCUGAGCCGGGCCUCCCAGCCUUCCCCUCACUUGGACCCGAGGCUGCGGACCGUGAUCCCUCCCUAGUUUUGGACUUGAAUCCUCUGAGCAGAACUAGAGCCUCUCACCCUCCACCGGAAGAAAUGGGGCACAGAGCCCCCAGGAGGGCCUUUCUGUGGCAGUGGCCCUGUAGCAGGAUCGCUCACCAGGGCCUGAGAGAAGAAUGAGGUGCUGUGUGACCUCCUGGUGGGCCCUUCCUGUCCAGCCUCUUUAUAUCUAAACAGCGGGUCUGACCCUCCAGGGAGUCCGGCGCCAGAAUCUGCCAAUCCACAGCGGUCAGAGGGAGGCUUCCCCUCGGUCCCAGCCCGCACAGGGCCGUGCACCAGCAGGACCCCUUCAGGGUCCUUGGGGCUCGCCCAGGAGCUCCCUCUGCCAGCCUUGAUGUCAUAGUCCCCUCUUCGGCUGCAAGUCCACCCAAGGCCUGGGGCUGUUGGGAGCCAAGGGCCCCCCUUUACCAAUUCCCUCACCACUCCUGAUCAGGGGCACCCCCACCCCUGGUGAUGUGUAAAUAUUUCUAUUGGGCCCCUCCUCACCCCCAGAACUGGCUCUCUAGCCGCCGGUGAGCGAAGGAUCCAGUUGCUGGGAGAGGUGGAGGGCUUUGCCUGGGGGUGAGUGGGUAGCCCUGUAUACAUAAUCCAAUCUGUGACUACCAGCCAACCCGAAUAAAGCGGUUUAAAACAAG